AUGUCUUCUCGUUACGCAAGUGAAGCCGCCAGCCCGGAGCCACUGGCUCAACCCUUGUCUUUUCCCUUCUCCACCAAAACAGCCAAGAAUCGUUUCUUGAAGAGUGCAAUGGCUGAGAACUUGGCGACGUGGAGUGGAAGCGAGCCAUCCAAGAGAGGUGUUCCCACACCAGAACUUGUUGAGGUCUAUCGCCGUUGGGGAGAAGGCCCAAACAACUUUGGUGUCAUCGUCACUGGCAACAUUGAUGUCGAGUUCGACUACAUGAGCAGCAUUGGUGACAUGAUCAUCACACCCGAGUGCAAGCCUGAGGGAGAACGCUUUGAAGGUUUCAAAGCCGUUGCUGCGGCCGGCAAGGCCGAUGGUAGUCUCAUGCUGGGCCAAGUCACCCACGCUGGAAGACAGGUUCAAAAGAAGAUCCAGCCCAACCCGAUUUCGGCGUCGGCAGUCGUACUCGAACCCAAGAUGGGCAUGGAAUUCGGCAAGCCCCGUGAAGCGUCCAAGGAAGACAUCAACCGCGUCAUUGAAGGUUUUGCGCAUGCCGCCGAAUAUCUUGACAAGGCCGGCUUCGACGGUAUCCAACUGCACGCGGCGCAUGGCUAUCUCAUCGCUCAGUUCCUAUCCCGCACGACGAACCACCGAACCGACGAGUACGGCGUCCAGACGCUCGAGAACCGGACACGUCUAAUUGCCGACAUCGGAAAAGCAAUCCGCGCGCGGACAUCUCCUGAUUUCAUCCUCUCGGCGAAGCUCAACAGCGUCGAGUUCCAAGACGGCGGUGUAACCCCUGACGAGGCCCGCGAGCUUUGUGCAUUCCUAUCAGAGCUCGGUUUCGAUUUCCUCGAGAUUUCUGGGGGCACGUACGAGGCGCUUGGCAUGUCUUGGACAAAGGAGUCUACUCGCAAGCGGGAGGGGUUCUUCCUGGAGUUCGCCGAGACGGUCGUCGCGGGUCUAGGAGACCGCGACACCCGCAAGACCAAGGCGUAUAUCGUGGGCGGUAUGAGAACCGUGGGGGCCAUGGUGAAGGCCCUGGAUAUUGUCGAUGGCGUUGCCUUGGGUCGGCCUGGGGCCCAAGAGUUCCGGAUCGCUUCGGACAUUCUUGAAGGUCGUAUCACAGGGGCAAUUCGCCCAGUUCAAAUGAUGGAGGACGAUUUCGGGUUCGGACUCACGGCGGCGGGUGCGCAUAUCCGCCAGGUCAGCAAGGGGCAGGAGCCCUUCGACUCGAGCGAUCUUGCGGCUACCGGAACCUUUGCAUCGGACAUGCAAGCUUGGUACCAAGAUAUGAUUGCUGACGGGGAUAAGCUUGAACAUCAUGGUGGCGUUGACUUUUCUGGGAAGACGGUGCCUUAUGGAGGCGUUACGGCAGCCCAGGCUCCAACGAAAGUCUCCGAGUUAGAGAGCCGUCUAGCGAGCAUAGAAAAGCAAUUGCAGCAAGCCCUCGACGCCAACCGUCAACACUCCAACCAAACCUCAACCCAACCCUCAACAGCACCGAGCUCAACCGAGAGUAUCAAUGGACGUGGGCAAUCGGCAGAGAGCAUCGAGUUCGUGGACCAUGUGUCCAGCAGCGAGAGCCCAAGUGAAUGGGUGACGGAGCCCGAGAAGCCCAAAUUACCACCGCUCGAGGAGAUCAUGCCCAUCAUCGACGAGUUCUUCAACCGCUACAACUGCGUCAUGCCGCUCUUUGACCCGCCAACGUUCAUGCGCAUGUUGUCAAAUUGGUAUGUGCCUUCUUCUGGGCAGUCCACGGCAGUGUGGGCAGCGGUCAAUAUCGCAAUGGCGCUAGGCUACCGCUGCACUUUAAAGGAGCAAGGCAACUUGGACGCUCUGGUGGACGACCAGAAAGUGAUGUAUCAUAUGCGCAACGUACAAUCUGUCGUAUCCGAUUUGGUCACGCGGGAAGAAGAUCUCCUUGGCCUUCAGGUCUUGUUGGGAAUGGUGGUGUUAUUCCUGGGGACGAAAGACCCAAAGCCAGCUUCUGUCGUGAUCGGGACUGCUGUGCGUCUAGCACACCGCAUGCAUCUCCAUGACAAGGAAUCGCUUCAGUUCUUUUCUCCAGAAGUUGCCCGACAAAGAGCGAGGCUCUUCUGGAUCACCUAUAUCAUGGACAAGGAAAUCAGCUUGAAGUCCAAGACGCCGUCGUUUCAGCUUGACGUAGAUAUCGACUUGCCGCUACCAGAAAGAGACCCGGAAGACGGUGCAGGCAUAAUGUUUGCGAGAAACGGCAGAAAAUUCAACUACUUUCGAGCUCGGGUGGAGUUGAGUCACAUUGCCGGCAAGGUCUAUGACCAGCUGUACAGCACACGCGCUCGGAAAGUGUCGCAGCAAGAUCGACAACUAAGAGUGACAAGACUCGAGGAGAUGCUGGAGAACUGGCGGCGUAAUCUACCGCCUGAAUUUCAGAUAGACUCGGCACUCCAAUGUCUCGAUUCCCUGCCGAUAGUCCACAUGUCGCUCCUUUACCACAGCUACUUCACGGCGAUGGUGAUGACACAUGGGAUCUACUCGCACGACGCGGACUGGGUCCGACGGAUUAGCUCGUACAGUCAGAUGACGAUCAAGGAUUUAGAUUCGUCUCCGAGCUCGUCAUGCGGACAUCAAAACCCCCCUCUGCCGCUUGGGUGGGCCAAGUGCGCGGAGCUGAGCCGCAGUUGCAUGAAGCUGUUCGUGGAGUCGCCCAAGACGGAUUGCAGCAUCUGGUCCAACUCGUGCGCGCACUUCUCCGGCCUGAUCAUUCUCCUGGCCAACAUGUUUGUGUUCCCGGAUCACCCACACCUGAUGACAGACAACGAGCUGGCCAACCAGGCACUCAAGCUUUUCGAGCUGAUGCUAUCGAUGAAGAGUUACGAAGACUAUGAGUCCUUUCAUAGACUGCAUGAAGUCGUCAAGGAGCUCCAUCGGCGUGCGUUGGAGGCUGUGGAGGAGGUUACGAGAAAACAAAAGGAGCGGGCAGAAGCAGCAGCAGCAGCAGCUUCGGCGAUGGAUACCGGCUUACCGUUUGGGGCUCAGCUCGAGGACGAAGUGGAAUUCUUCCGAGAUGCCGAGGCGGCAGGCUUGGAGGGGCCCUUCGUUGGAACGUUUGUGCCGGCAUCACCGUUUGCGACAACAUCGUGGGGUUUGGAAGGGUUGCAGAGCGAGGUAGGCCAGGUGCCGUCACUGGCAACGUACAGCCCUUUCUAG